GUGAUAAGUUAAAUUUGAUCAGAAUUGAAAAUCAAUUGGUAUUAAACUGUGAUCAUUUGAAGAGUUUUGAUUGUUGAAGAAAAAAGUUUCACUAAUUGUUAUUGAAUUGCGAUCAAAAUGAAAGGAUUUAUCCUCACAGUGUCUUUAUUAAUUAUGAUAAAUUGCUGCUCAAUUGAUUGUCAAGCUUCAAGGGAAACUGAUUUUCUGUCUCAAUUAACAACUCAAUAUGAUCCAUCCUUGAUUGUCCCGUUGUUUAAAGAUUCAAUUAAUCAACGGAUUAAAUCAAUUGUUGAGAUUCGGCAAGAAGGUAAUAUUAAUUUGGAUCAAAGUGCUUUCUGUAAUAUUACACUUCAAUCAUUGGCUUUGCUUCACGAUUUAAUUGGUAAAUCAUUUAAUCCUUCAACUCAAGAUUUAAGGGUGAAACCUGAUGUUUCAGUGAUUAAAGAAUUGCGAUAUUUAAUCAAACAAUAUGAGACGAUUAUUAACUUAUUCAACUAUGAAUUACAAUUCUCAAGGUAUCCACAAUUAUCUGUUGAAACACCAGAAUCUUUAAUCAAAUUGUUGAAAACUAAAAACUCUGAUUGGAUUAAGAUGAAAACACUACAAUCAAUUGAUAAAUAUAUCAAUGAUUUACAAUCAAUAAUUAACUCGUCAUCAACUGAGGUGAACAAUUAUCAAACAACAUUAGCUCAAUUGUCAUUGAAACAGUUAAUUUCACUAAAAGAUGAACUUAAAUCAAUAACAACUUACAAUUAUGUUAACAAUAAUCAACCACUUUCUAACUUUCUGGAUAAAUUUCAAAUCGUAAUUAAGAUUUUUGCAGAUUCACAAUUUAUGUGAUUCAUUGAUUGGAAAUUUUCACUUCAAGAUUGGGCUUUUGUUUCACAAUUACUAAAUUAAAUUGAAUAAAUUGAUUAUAAUUACUUGA